AUGAAGUUGUUUGUCGCCGUCGUCGCUGCGUCGGCCGCUGCGACCAAACCGUCCGUGACGGCGCUGCCCAUUGGCGAGCGCACGCAACUCGGCGAGGAGCUGGCCAAGUGGCGCCACGAGUUUGGAGCUGCUGCCGCGGCGCAGGGUGUCCUACCUCGUGCCCCUGCAAGCUCGAGCCCAUUGGAGUUUGAAAACGACGCGCUCCAGCGGUUCUACAACAACAAAAUCGCGAUCGAAGAGGCUCGUCGCAACAACCCUGAUGCCACGUUCAGCUCCAACCACCCGUUUGCCCUCUUGACGCCAGCAGAGUUCAAGAAGUUCGUCGAAGGUGUGUCUGUCGAGGAAACGCGCAGUGCGUUCCGGUCGCUUCCCUCCAUCGACGUCAACGUGAGCAGCGUCAAGGCAGCGUCGGUCGACUGGACCACUGGCAAUUGCGUAAACCCCGUGCGCAACCAAGGCCAGUGCGGGUCGUGCUGGGCCUUCUCGGCCGUGGGUGUCGCCGAAUCGGCGCACUGCAUCGUGACGGGCCAGCUCCUCGACCUGUCCGAGCAGCAAGUGACGAGCUGCUCCACCAACGGUGGUAGCGUGGGCUGCCGAGGCGGGUGGCCGUUUGCCGCCACCACCUUCGUGUCCACUCAAGGUCUGUGCCUGGAACGUGACUAUCCCUACACGUCUGGCAAGACAAUACAAACUGGCACGUGCACGAACUCGUGCUCCAAACAAAAACUCCAAAUUGGCCCUGCUGGCCAACCCGUGUCGGUGCUGGUCGAAGCGGGCAACCACGCGUGGAUGAACUACUUGUCGGGGGUGAUCUCGCAAUGCUCGGGUUCUCACUGCGACCACGCAGUCAUUGCCGUGGGGUGCGACGGUUCGUCGUACAAGAUCCGCAACUCGUGGGGGACUAGCUGGGGCGAAGCCGGCUACAUCCGCCUCAAGCGGGGCGUCGGUGGCAUUGGCAUGUGCAAUGUCGCGGACAUGGUGGUGUUGCCCCAAAUUACCGAACCAAGCCCGCAGCCCACGCCGCAUCCUGGCUGCGCCACGUGCAACGAGUGCUAUUACUCGGCUGAUCGUCGGUGCUUGAACUACAACAAGGACGACUGCGAUUGUUACAGCGCAAACUACGGCUUCAUCUGGUGCGGGCCCGUAAACGUCGUCGAAUGCGAGGCGCGCGCGGGUCUCGAGUGUGUGUGUAGCAGUGGAAGGUGUGUGUAUCGUCGUCAAUAG